AAAUUAAAUUAAUUCAAACAACUUAAUGUGGUGAAGUCGUUUGUGCGGUUAAGGUUAGACUCAUGAAGAUAAUAUAAAGAAAAUAUCGCUAUUAAAUAAUUCUUUAUAUACGGCAGCUAGUCAUGGGCGAUAUUAGUGUCAUGCGAGUAUGAAACCCCCGAGUAGUCGUUUUGAUCAAAGAGUAUCUUAUAUAAAGUUUUAAAGACGUUUUAUGUAUUGUGGGACGUCUUCUGUGACCAAUUACUGGAAAAUGUAUCGCGUGGUUUUAAGGCGAUAUUUCUUACGUUAUAGGUGAUAUUUUUUUGCAAGCAUGCUCGGUACUUCGACGGCAUGUCGUGUGGCGUCCUUCUUCAUUGGUAUUACACAAGUAUGUUUUAUGCCUGCACCCGUGGGCGACUGCAAGAACUGCUGUCCAAGGGAUGAUAGGAUUGAUAUACAAUAUAAAUUAUUUACUAGAUCUAAUCAGGAUUUCUUCGAUAUUAUCGAACCUGGCCGUCCGGAUGGAUUAUCCCGUACUCGUUUUAACACAACGAGACCUACUGUCAUAUAUUUAUUUGGAUUCUCUGAAGCUGUUACUGGUCCAAGUACAACAAACUUAAAAAAUGCGUUUCUUGCACAGGGUGAUUAUAAUUUCAUCGCUGUCGACUGGUCCAGACUCAUCGUUUUUCCAUGGUACAUAUCAGCGGUGAGGAACACGCGGUACAUGGGACAGCGUCUUGCAGAUUUCGUAGAAUUUUUAAAUUCUUCCGGUAUCCCAGCUGGUUCCUUGCACGUUAUAGGGUUCUCGUUGGGUGCAGAAGCCGCUGGAUUCGCUGGAAAAGCUCUUAAUGCAAGGGGAUUAAGAUUAGGAAGGAUAACGGGUCUCGAUCCAGCGUACCCAGGCUAUAGUUUAGGCGGGAGAGACAAUCAUCUCGCAAAAGGUGACGCAUUAUUUGUAGACGUGUUACAUACAAAUCCUGGAAUAUUCGGGUUCCCGCAGGCGAUAGGUGAUGUGGACUUUUACCCUAACCCAGGAAUGUGGAUCCAGCCAGGAUGCUGGGUCGACGAGUUGCUGAAGAAUAGAGAGUUGAGUUAUUUUUACGGUUGCAGUCACAAUCGUUCUUGGAGAUUGUAUGUGGAGUCUAUAAAAAAUCCUAUAGGCUUUCCAGCAACGUUAUGCCGUGAUUGGAAGAGUGCCACGGCAUCAUGUCGCUUCGAGAUCGACGGUUACAUGGGUUUUGGGGCUCAGCCACCGUUGAAUGGGAAAAUGUAUUUGUCCACCAACGAGAAACCGCCAUUUGCAAAAGACCCAUAAAUAGUCAAAAUUUACAACUAAUAAUAUUAUAAGGUUAUGAAUAAAUUGUAAAUACCGAAAAUAUUUUAACUUAAAUUAAUGCGACCAGGGAUCGUCAAUAGUAUCUUUAUAGUUUUUUUUGACUGCCUCGUUGGUCUAGUGGCUUGAUGUAAGGCCGCAGACCCGGAGGUCCUGGGUUCAAUUCCCAGUUCGGGCCAAUAAUAAAAAUUAUUGGGUCAGAAAAUUCUCAGUAACAGCCUGGAGUCUGGAAGUUGGAAGUGUGUCACGUAAAGCCGUUGGUCCUGCGCCUGAACUCUUUUCGGUCGUGUCGGAUUGCCGUCCAAUCGGAUUAUGAGAGUUAGGAAAUAGAGAGUGCAUCUGUGUUUGCGCACACACUUGUGCACUAUAAUAUCUCCUGCGUAGUUGACUAAUCACUCUUGAGAUUGGCCGCCGUGGCCGAAAUCAGUGUGAAGGACAUUAUUAUUAUUAUUAGUUUUUUUUUAAAUUGAUAUUUUUUUAUCUAAACUCUUACAAUUACUUAUUGAUAUUAAAUCGCACAGCUUCAUGGAAACAUAUUAUUUUUUAGAAGAAAUAAAUCUUCUCCUACUUCUAUUAUUGGUUUCUUCACAGACUUUCGUUUCUUUGUGUU